AUGGCUCCGGUUAACAACAUUACCAAACACUACGACUACCUCGUCAUCGGCGGUGGUUCCGGCGGUGUCGCCCUGGCGCGCCGGGCGGCACUGUACGGGGCCAAAGUGUUGCUUGUCGAAGCUCAAUACAAGAAGUUGGGCGGUACCUGUGUCAAUGUCGGGUGUGUGCCCAAGAAGGUGAUGUGGUACGCCGCCGACUUGGCCCACAAGACCGAGCACUUGUACGGUUACGGGUUGAGCAAGGAGCAGACCCACAUCAAGCACGGCGACUUUGACUGGCCCAAGAUCAAAGCCAAGCGUGACGCCUACGUCGAGAGAUUGAACGGCAUCUACGAACGCAACUUGGAAAAGGAAGGCGUCGAGUACGUGUACGGUUGGGCCGAGUUCGCCAACGAAAACGGCGACGUCCAGGUGACUCUUUCGCACGAUCAAGAAAUCAAGUUUUUGGACAACCAAGCCGGCAAGAAGGAAGACAAGUUGUUGUUCUCCGCCGACAAGGUGCUUAUCGCUACUGGUGGGGAACCGUCGGUGCCUGACGUCCCCGGCAAGGAAUUGGGGAUCACCUCCGACGGCUUCUUUGCCCUUGAACAACAGCCCAAGGACGUGUUGGUGAUUGGUGCUGGCUACAUCGCUGUCGAGCUUGCGGGUGUGUUCAAGCUGCUUGGCUCCAACGUCGAAAUCGCCAUUCGCCACGAGUACGCUCUCCGGGCGUUUGACGACGUCAUCAGCCACGGGAUCACCGACUUCUACCAAAACAAGUUCGGGAUCAACAUCAUCAAGAACUCGGGCUCGGUGGAAAAGGUCGAAGACCUCGGCAAUGGCCGCAAGAAGGUCACCCUCGGCAACGGCGACGUCAAGGAAGUCGACUGCUUGUUGUGGACUAUCGGUCGUAAGUCUCUCCUUGGCAUUGGCCUCGACAAGGUUAAGGUCAACGUCAACAAGAAGAACCAAGUGAUAGUCAACGAAUGGCAGGAAACCCUGAACCCCAAGAUCUACUCGUUGGGUGACGUUGUUGGUAACUUCGAAUUGACCCCUGUAGCCAUCGCUGCUGGGCGGAGAUUGCUGAACAGAUUGUUCAGCGGCAACGAAGCCUUUGCCAAGGACAAGUUGGAGUACGAAAACGUGCCUCUGGCGAUCUUCUCGCACCCGGAAGCCGGGCUGGUGGGUUUGCUGGAACAACAAGCCAUCGAGAAGUACGGCAAGGAGAACAUCAAGGUGUACCAAUCGAAGUUCACCGCCAUGUACUACGCGAUGUUGGAAGAAUCGCAAAAGGCCCCUACCCACUACAAGAUCGUGUGCCACGGCCCUGAGGAAAAGGUUGUCGGUUUGCACUUAUUCGGCGACGACCUGGCGGAAAUCUUGCAAGGUUUCGGUGUGGCGGUGAAGAUGGGUGCCACCAAGCAAGACUUCGACAACUGCGUCGCCAUCCACCCCACUCUGGCUGAAGAGAUCGUCACCAUGCGUUAA